GAAGGGCAACAGAGGGGCUGGCAGCAGAGAAAGGUCCCCACCCUCACUGACACCACAUGUCUGUCCCUACAGCAAGUCGAUUUUAUCAUCAGCAGGAGCGAUGUCCCGCUGGACUACGCCAACCACAGCCUCCAGGACAUUGGGCCCAACCUGGGCGCUAUGAUCACCUUGCGCAUCAGGAGCAGCAUGGACGGGGCUCUGGGAUCUCUCCAGAACCUUUUGCAUGGGAUGGAGACACUGAAGGACACCUUUGGCAACAUUGCCAUCAGUCGCUCAGACCUCGAGGAGCUGCAGGGCAACUACAGCCAGCGGUUGAUCAGCCUGCAGGACAAGCUCAACCACACCCUGCGGAACUGUGGCCUCCCCUGCAGCCAUGUGUCCCUGGAUGGGCUCACCUUCACUGCCAACUUCAGCAUGAUCCCAGGUGUGGAGCAGCAGCUGGAGGCCCUGCGUGAGGUCUCUGACUCAAACAUAGAGACUGAUUUAGAGGAGGUUAACAGAACACUGGAGAUGAUCCCUGACAAGGUACGAGAGCAGUCCCAGGAAGUGGUGGCAAAGAGCCAGGACCAGCUGGGCCUCAUCAGGCAGGAGAUCAGAAGCUUGCAGGAAGAGUUGCCGCUCCUGGAUGUGGAGGAGAAAGUUGAGGCCUUCGUGAAUGAUGCCACAUCAGUGUUGGAGGAGUACAGGGAGCCAGUCAUUGCCUGGGAUGGGCUCAGGUUGAUUGUGUGUACCCUUCUGUGCUGCACAGUGCUGCUGGUGGUCCUCUGCAAUGUUUUAGGGCUGCUGCUGGGGCCCCUGGGGCUGAAGGAAGGUGUGCUGCCCACACAGCGCAGCAGCCUCUCCGAUGCUGGCGGGAACUUCUUCAUGGCAGGGGUUGGCUUCAGUUUCAUCUUCUUCUGGCUGCUCAUGCUGCUGGUGAUGAUCAUCUUCGUGCUGGGGGGGAACAUUUACAUGCUCUUCUGUGAGUCCUGGCACAACCAGCAGCUCUUCCAGCUCCUGGACACCCCUGGUGUGAUCCCAAACUUCAAUCUCUCAGAGCUGCUGGGCCUGAAGGGUGACACGGCAAACUUCUCAGAGAUAUACAGGCAGUGCCAGCAAGAUGCUUCCCUGUGGCAAACUCUGCACUUGGACCAGAGCAUGUCCCUGGAUGAGCUCUUGAAUAUCAGCCAGUACACAGGAAACAUCUCCACAGUUUUUGAGAAGAUGAACAUCACCCUAAGCCCCGUCUUCCUGCUCAGCCAGAGCCAGAAAGACCUGCUGCUGAAUGCCAGUCGGGCCGGACAGCCCCCCAACUUCACCCUCACCCUGGAGCAGCUGGAUCAGAAUAUGACCCAGGGAAGCCUCCUGGAUCUGGCUGCAGAGUUGGAGCAGCUGGCAGAAAAAGUGGGCGCGGAUGAGAAGGUGGCCCUGGAAGAUAACGCUCGCGAACUGAGGGAGCUGGAAAAGGAGAUGCAGGCGAGCUUCUCUGGGCCACUGCAAAGUCUGAAGGAGAACAUCCACUCAGUGCAGCGUGGGGCUGCCCAGCUAGAGGGACAGACAACAGCUGCGCUGGACAAAGCCAGCAAAACCCAGGAGUUCCUGGAGAGGGAGACACCAAACAUCAUCAAGAAUGAGACAUGGGCCUUCCUGGAGCAGCUGUUGGAUUUCUUUGAAACCUACAUUUCAUGGGCCAAGAGCAGGGUGACAGAAGAUGUGGCACGUUGCAAGCCCAUAGCUCAGUCCUUGGAUAAUGUGGAAGCCAUUGGCUGUGACUAUAUCAUGGACUCUGUGAAUGCCUUCUGGUUCAGCCUGGGCUGGUGCACCUUGUUCCUGCUGCCCAGCAUCAUCCUGGCUGUCAGGCUUGCCAAGUUUUACCGCCGCAUGGAUAUUGCUGAUGUGUAUAGGAAUGAAGACUUUGAGAUGCCACCAACAUUCUACUCCUACAAAAUCCCCAGGCCUUCUACAAGGCAUUAACUCCCAUCACCCACAGAUGGAGGAGGAAAUGGACA